UCAAAAUUUCUACCGGCAACACUGCUGAAGUGCUGAGCGCUGCCGACUGCUCUUAACUUUUGCGUUGUUGUAUUUGUAUAAAAUAUAAAAUGUUCAUGUUCAACUUUUAUCUACGUUUUCAUCGCACAGCACACUUGCAGCACCGCACCGCCGUGUGUCGUCGUAGUCAAUCGUCGAUUUGGUAAAUAUUUGGUCGAAUCCAUUAUUUAGCCCUCUCGCUGAGUGUGUGGUGUGUUUGCUUGGUGACUUUUCCAUAGACCAUACUUCAAACAAAAGAGUGUCUGCCUUCAUCUUUAUGAAUUUUCUUCAAAGUAUUGAAAUAUUUAAAUUUAAUUAAAUAAUAAUAAAUUUCCUAAAAAUCUCGACGAAUAAUUUUUUAAAAUAAAUAAACUUGAAAGAAAUUAAUACAAUGAAUAAAAAAAAGUUGAUUUAUUCUACCGUUCUGUGAAUUUUAUAGAUGGCAGACAUCAAAUGAUUCGAACAAAAAAAUAUUCAAGAAGAAAAAUCAUUGAAAAAUGGAUUCGACCAAACAACCGCGCGCCAUAUUGCAAAGGUUGGCCAGUCUUAAUCCGGUCAGCUGCGGAGAAGGACGUGUUUUUGAAAAUUUAAUUGAAAACCUAAAGAAAAAUUUAUACCUAAUCAAGUUGAAGAUAUAUUUUUAAUUUCCAUAAAUUAUUGUGCUUAAAAAAAUAAAGAAGUUAAUUGACAGAAAUAAAAGAAAAAAACCUUAAACAAAAACAAGGAAAGAAAAAGUGAACUUAUUCGUGGAAUAGUUUAUUAUAACUCCACCACACUCACUGCUGGUUCUGGUCUCGAAGACACUUUUUUUCAGUGCAAAAAUAAACUAAAUAAAAAGUCGAAAAGCAAUUGCUCCCUGUGUCAAACAUUCAACCAGAACGACAGAAGCUUCAAAUUCAUGUCCAGAAGACGACGAAGAUUAUUGCUUAUCGUCGAAAAAUUUAUUCUGUGUGUGAACUAAUUGCUUUGUUAAAGAUUCACCAAUGUCGUCGUCUCUAAUGAUUCAACAUAAAAUUGAUUAUAACAAAAAACAUUUUCGGCGAAAAAUACAUAUUAAACAAUCACUAAUGUGAUCUUCUAUGGAGCGAUUUGUUAAUAUUUUCUUGCACAAAAGAUUAAACAAUUAAAUAAGAAAUAUAAAAAAGAAGAAGAAGAAAAAAGGUUCUUCCCUAAAUUAAGAAUUUAACAAAUUCCAAUUCUUAAAAAAGAAAACGCCGAUACAAAAACAAAAAAACUAUAAAAAGAGUCGGCUUAACUCAGACACCAAUUAAAGUUACAAAAAAAAAAACAACUAGAAAGAAAAACAAACAACUUAAACUCCUUGAGCACUUGAACUUCCUUGAAAUUAAAAAAAAAAGUUUUAUGGGAAUGAUGAAACGAACGCGAGUUGAAGAAGUUCAAUAUGGCCAAAGGCCAAGUGCGGGCGGGGGAGGAGGAGGCCCCGGAGGUGGAGGAGGAGGGGGAGGCGUGGUGGGAGUAGGCGGCGGGGGAAGUGGUACCAACUCGAAUGCUGGUCAUCAUCGAAUACUCACAACUCAACAUGGUAGUGGUCAAACAAUUCAAUAUCUUCCAGCAGCAACACCGGCUGGUGUCCUUAAAACGGCAAAUGUACCCGACAAUGGACCAAAUGUUGUGCCCGGCACUGGUGGCGGUGUACAAUCACAAACUGUUCAGUAUUCAACUUCUUAUAAUGUUGCCCCAAUACCAGGUGGUCUGAAAACACAAACUUUAGGACCCGAUGUGGUUGCAUCAGUAGCUGCUCAUGUCUCCAACACGAACAUGAACGCAACAUCAAACUCAAUACGUCAACGAACUGGCACAGGUGGGUCGAGUGGUGGUGGUAGCGGAGGCGGAGGAGGAGCUAGUGGAGCAAUGGUUGGUAAUGUGCAGGCGCAAAUGGUAGCGGUUGCAGAUAGCACAGGUGGAAAUUCCGUUCCACAACCUGGACCCGGAGCUCCGGCUCGCUUAAAAGUCGAAGAUGCACUCAGCUAUUUAGAUCAAGUCAAAUUCCAAUAUGCAGAUCAACCACAAAUCUAUAACAAUUUUCUGGACAUUAUGAAGGAAUUUAAAUCGCAUUGCAUUGAUACGCCUGGUGUUAUUCAAAGAGUUUCGAACCUUUUCAAAGGCCAUACUGAACUGAUCUACGGCUUCAAUAUGUUUCUUCCACCAGGAUACAAAAUUGAAAUCCGUUCCGACGAUCAGGGAAUCUCGGUGCCAUUUGUUUCGAUGCCAUCGACUCCGGGCAAUGCCUCUGCCGUAGGAAUUCCCGGCCCUUCAGUUUGCUUAGCACCAAUUUCAAGUCCAGCUCAUAAGCCUAGUAAUAUGCAGAGUGCAGCUACAGUGCAUAAAAUACAAACAAUCGGGCCUGUUAAUUUAAUAACACAUCCAUCAGCAGUAAAUGCUGCGUCGGCAGGAACACCACCAACAAUCCAUACAUUACCGCCGCCACAGCAGCAGUCGGCCGCUACAGUUCCACAACCUGCUCUAUCAUCAGCUAUUCCACCAACAUCAGCGGUACAAGUACCACAAAAUUAUUCACGCGAUCGAGAACGAACACUAUCGCAGUCUAGUAAUAAUAUAAUGCCUGGUCCACCAACACCAAACUCACUGAGUGAACUCAGUCCGCAAGGUCAUAAUCUGCAUCAAAUCUCACAGGCACAUCAAUCGAUUUUGAUGAGUGAGGCUAGCGGACAGCAAAAUCAACCGGUGGAGUUCAAUCAUGCCAUUACCUAUGUCAAUAAAAUUAAGAACCGCUUCCAAAAUCAACCCGAAAAGUACAAGCGUUUCCUUGAAAUCCUGCACACAUAUCAAAAGGAACAGAAAGUCCAAAAAGAAGGCAACGUACAACAACAAGGUAAAACCUUAACUGAAGCCGAAGUCUAUACACAAGUGGCAAUGCUCUUCGAUCAGAAUGAGGAUUUGCUUCGAGAAUUUGGUCAAUUCCUUCCGGAUGCGACGAGCCAUCAAACCGCACAAUACAUGAACAAAGCGCACAACGAUCACAAGAAAGUAAUGUCAGCUGCAAUUGGCAGUAACGUUGGUAGUAAUGCUGCUCCUGCACCUGCACUUGGUUCAAAUCUAGCUGGAAUGCCAUUGUCUGUUAGUGGUGGUGGUGGUGGCGGUGUUAGUGGUGGUGGUUCAGGACCAAAUAGCAUUCCUUCCGCCCUGAAAAACUACAAUAACUCGCAGAAUAAUAAUCUCUCAAGAUUUGAUCGUGAUUUGGUGUAUGAGAAGGAUUAUCAUCAUACGGUGCAAAGAAAUGAAAAAGAACGCAAUCAUCAUAAUCAAAAAUACAAUUCCUCCUCGCAAACUAAGAAAUCGCCGAGUUUCAGUGCCAUGCCUGUUGGUUUAGGUGGAAGUGGAGGUGGUCACAUACCAUCACGUCGAAUUGGAGGACCUAAUUUGGAAGAAAGCGGUGGACCUCCAGCUAAACGCCAUAAGCCUAUAUCACGGGACAUAACCUACUCGGAGGCAUUUCGCUAUGGAUCUCUGGAAGAGGGUGCAUUUUUUGACAAAGUACGCAAGGCUUUACGUAGCCCUGAAGUGUAUGAGAAUUUCCUGCGUUGUCUGACGCUGUUUAAUCAAGAGAUUGUGUCGAAGACCGAGCUGCUCAACUUGGUCUCGCCGUUUUUAAGUAAAUUCCCUGAGCUGCAUCGAUGGUUUCAAGACUUUUUGGGACCACCAUGCGUUCCCGAAGGUAUUCCCAUACAAGCAGCGCAGCGUCAAGAUCGCAAUCAAGGUGGAGAGUUAGCCCAAGAAAUUGAUUUAACUUCUUGCAAGCGGUUAGGUGCCAGCUAUUGUGCUCUGCCGAAGUCUACCAUACCGAAAAAGUGUUCCGGACGGACACCUCUGUGUAGAGAAGUUCUUAACGAUACGUGGGUAUCUUUUCCAACUUGGGCGAGUGAAGACUCUACGUUUGUGACAUCGCGGAAGACACAGUUUGAGGAAAUUAUCUAUAGAAAUAUCCACAGAACUGAAGAUGAGCGUUUCGAAUUAGACGUUGUCAUUGAGACAAAUAGUGCAACAAUACGUGUGCUGGAAGGUGUUCAAAAGAAGCUAUCUCGUAUGACGCAGGAAGAGGUGCAAAGAUAUCAUCUAGAUGACUAUUUAGGUGGCAGCUCACAGACAAUCCAUCAGCGAGCUAUUCAUAGAAUUUAUGGUGAUAAAGCGGGAGAGAUUAUUCAAGGGCUGAAAAAGAAUCCGGGCGUUGCUGUGCCAAUUGUUUUGAAGCGCCUUAAAGUCAAAGAAGAAGAAUGGCGUGAGGCCCAAAAGAAUUUUAACAAACAAUGGCGAGAACAGAAUGAGAAGUUCUAUUUGAAAUCUCUGGAUCAUCAGGCAAUCAACUUCAAGCCAAAUGACACAAAAGCCCUUCGAUCGAAAAGUCUCUUUAAUGAGAUUGAGACUUUAUAUGAUGAGCGGCAUGAUCAAGAUGAAGAAUCCUCAGAGCCUAUGGCUGGUCCGCAUUUAAUUUUACCCUAUAAAGAUAAAACAAUAUUGGAUGAUGCGGCUAAUUUGCUUAUUCACCAUGUGAAACGACAGACUGGAAUACAAAAGCAAGAGAAAGCUAAGAUUAAACAUAUUUUAAGACAAUUUGUGCCUGAUUUGUUCUUUUCAACGCGUCAGCCGUUAAGUGAUGAUGAACGUGAUGAUGAUGACAUAGAAAAGAUGGAUGUUGAUCCUUCCGAUAUGGACUGUCCGAAAAAUAGUAAAAGUAGGACACCUUCAAGUGGCGGAGUGAAUAAUAAUUCUUCCGUCAUUGGUCAUACAACAAUCAAGUCCGAAGAUUCAAAAGACGCACUAACUGGUCAUAUAAAUAUGUCAUUGUCAUCUGCGUCGAACCCGUCAACAAUAACCGCCACACCAUUUACAACAGGCUCAACAACGAUUCCAACUAUAUCGUCGUCAUCAAUGGGAGGCAAUGGUGGUGCUGUUGGUGGUAUGGCAUCGUCAACAACAGCAGCAGGUACGUCAUCAUCGCCAAACUCCUCGUCGCUGUCUUCACCGUCCUCAACAUCGUCAUCGGCUGCAAUCGGUGGUGGUAGUGGGGGGGUUGGUGUUGAUAAAAGUGAUACAAAUGACUGUAAUAGGACUACAACGCAAUCACAGUGUAAAAAUAACAAUAGUAAUAGCAAUAGUAGUAGUAUUAAUAACAAUAAGAUUCUGUUAAACUCUUCGGCAUUAACGUCUUCGUCAACGGCAGCAUCUUCAUCACCAACAACAACAUCUACAGCUUCAGCUGCUGCUGCGACGACAUUAGUUAGCGCUAUAUCUACAACGCCGUGUGGUGCUGCUGCGAGUGGUGCAAAUGCACAACAUUUACAAAAUUCUUCUAGUAGUGCAAAUAUUUGUAAUAGUGGAAGUACUAGUAGUAGUGAUAACAAAGUUGUGAUAUGUGGUGGUAACACAGUUAGUGGUAGCACGACAAUAACAACCUCAUUGAUAACGUCCUCCUCUUCUGCCACAUCGAAUAGUGGUUGCAGUGGUGGUAAUUUAAGUAGCGGCGGUAUUAAGCUAAACGACAAUAUUAGCAAUAUAAAUAGUAAUAAUAAUGUCAACAACAAAUGUGAUAUUGCUGGUGCAACAGCAUUAGGAUCUAAUACUACUGAUGGCAUUAAACUCGAAGUAAAAGAAGAAGGCGACGCUGAUAUUCAAGUGCUGCCACCACAUGCAAUUAGUAAAAAUGCGGAGGAAGCAUAUGCUCUCUUCUUUGCCAACAACAACUGGUAUCUGUUCCUACGGUUACAUGCAAUCCUCUGCGAACGUCUUCGUACCAUGUACGAACGUUCGCAAAUACUCGCAGCCGAAGAAGAGAAAUACCGUUCCAAUCGCCGUGAAAGUACAGCGACAGCACUGAGACUGAAACCCCGUAGUGAAAUUCAAGUCGAAGAUUAUUAUCCAACAUUUUUGGAUAUGCUUAAGAAUGUCUUGGAUGGAAAUAUGGAAGCGAAUAAUUUUGAAGACUCUAUGCGUGAGAUGUUUGGCAUUCAUGCUUAUAUAUCAUUUACUUUGGAUAGGGUGGUCUCAAAUGCUGUACGACAAUUGCAAAAUUGCGUUACUGAACGUGCUGCUCUGCAGUGUGUUGAACUUUACCACAACGCUCAACGACUUGGAGGUGCUGGCUGCUUAUGCCGUUAUGCAAACAAACAUCUUAAUCAAGAAUUGGCCUACCAACGAGAGGCAGAGUCAAGUUUGCAUGACGAAAAUUGCUUCAAAGUUUAUAUCUACAAAAUUGACUGUCGUGUUACAAUAGAACUUCUUGACACAGAAUCCGAUGAGAUCGAAAAGCCAGUAAACAAGGCCAAAUCAUGGGAUAAAUUCAUAAAUCGCAUGGCAAAUCCAGCAAGUACCAAUGCCAAUGAUACUGGAUUUGAAAUUAAAGCUGAACGAUCGGAUGAUGAGAUGGUCAAACCAAAGGCAUUUAUUCACAAAUAAAUAAAUUAAAAAAACAAAACCAGAUCGUUAAAACAAUAAUUCACAAAUUUGUGUAUAAGAUCACAAAACAAGAGUUUUGUUUACCACUUUUAUUGUCUAUUUUUUAACCUGUAUUUUCUCAUUUAAAUAAUUGUUUUUUUAUUAUUUUUUGUGUAUAAUAUUAUAUUAGUAUGCAAGGCAAACAACAUUAAAGUUUAUAAAAGUAUAUUCCAUCGGGGUAUUAACAAAAAAAAAAAAAAACGUUGUACGUGCUAUGUGCGAACGAACAAAUAGCAGCAGAUAAAUGUACUUCAGUAUUUUAAACAAUUUAUUUUUUUUUCUAACAAACAUUGUAUGUGAAUCUCUCUUUUAACUAGUUGCAUAGUUGUUUUAUUUUAUUUUGAUUUCUUUCUUUAUACAUGAUGUAUAUCCUUAAAACAAUCAUAAUUUCGUUCAAUUUUUGUAUCAGUUUUUUUUUAAAUGGUUGUUUUUAUUAAACUUUUACUUUUACACCACUAACAAAAAAUCAUUUUUAAAUAUAAAUAUAUAUUCAAAUGUUAAUAUAUUUUUUUUUAUUACAAAAAAAAAGAAAGUUAUUUGAAAAGUAUAUAAAAGUAAAAAGUUAAAAAGAAACAAAAUAAAACAUAUAUAUUUGAGAUUCAUAAAAAUUUCUUUUGUACAAAGUUAAUACUUAUACAUAUGAAUAUAUUAUAUAUAUAUUUAUAUAUGUGUAUAAAAAGAUUUAUUACAAGUUAGGAAAAAAAGUAGUUUCCAAGAUAUUAUUCUUUUAAAGUUGUAAAAAUACACGUCGUCGUCAUUAUUAUAAUAUAAAUCUUUAUACAUAGGAACUUUUCUAUUUUUUAAACAAAAUAAUUCUAAAUCGUCCUAUCUUGUUUCUAUAUUUUAAAAUUCAAUAAGUGUCCAAUAAGUAGUAAAAAUAAACAAAAACAGUAAACAGUAAAAAAAUCCAUAGUUAUAAAUGUAGACAUUGAAUGUUAAUUUUUAUAUAUAUCUUCAAUAUAUAUAAAAACUAAAAAUCGUUUUAAAUUAAAAUGUAAUUAAACAAAGCUAAAAUUGUAAAUAUCAAUAUCACAGUUUAAAAAAAUCACACCCCACAAACACACAUCCAUAUAAACUAAAAAACAUACAAAAAUGGAAACAAUUUUAUUUUAUUGACGAAAAAGAAUAUUAUAUUGAAUAAAAAGAAAAUCGAGCAUUUAAGUUUUAA